AUGAAGGUUGAUGUAAAAAUAUUCAUAAAAGAGGAUUUAAAGAGGAUUGCUGAUCAUUUUGAAGAAGGUGAAAUGGAUAGCAUUGCAGUUUUACUCCAACAUAAUGGGCAAUGGGAUCAAAACAAAAACUAUAUCAACUUUGAUGUUUGUGGAAUAUAUCAAGUUAAAGAUGGAUACCCUCCUUUAAAAAUAGUUGAUGACUCACAAUUGAAGUUCUACAUAGAGUUGAAGAAAAAGGAAACAAAUUUCAAAAAAUACCCUUUGUGUCUCACAAUUGAAUUCAACUCAAUGCAUAAAUCUUUUUUCUCAACUAGGAGUACAACAACACAUAAUCAACCAUGCAAUGAAGUUGCACAAACAGAAGAAGCAGCAUCAAAUUCAGAUGAUGAACCAGUUGAUUAUUUGGGUGCUAAAGAGGUUGCAGACUUUAUUGAUUAUGCAGAGCUGGUGUCCAAUCAGAUUAUAGAAAUGAUAGAUGAAAGAAACAUAAAUAAUGAAGAAGAAGUGAUUGACAUCGAUGAUGAUUUAGUCAUCACCAACAACCGUCACCAAGAGAUUGCUUUGUCUCAAAUAUAUAAGGACAAAGAAACAUUGAAGACUGUUUUGAGCCAUUAUGCGAUAAAUAAUCAUUUCCAGUAUUGUGUACAAAAGUCAUGCAAAAAGGAAUAUCUAGUUGCUUGCCUUGAUAAAAAUUUCAAGUGGAUGUUACGAGCAUCAAGGAAUGGAAACACAAAUCAGUUCAUAAUUAGAAAGUUUAGCUACAUUAACACUUGUGCUUUGGAGAUAAGAUUAAAAGACCAACGUCAAGCAACCUCAACAAUCAUUGCAGAUAUGAUCAAACACAAGUUCAUAAACAUCAAAACAAAGUACACAGCUGCUGAUAUAGUGAGGGACUUGAAACAUGAUCAUGAAGUGCAAGUCAAAUACAGCAAAGCUUGGAGAUCUAGAGAAAAAGCUAUUGAAAAAGUUAGAGGAAAAGCAGCUGAAUCUUAUGCAGAAUUGCCUACAUUGAAUGCUUCAAUGAAAGGCUGGCCCCAUUGCAUACCUGUCGUAAUAGUUGAUGGGACUUUCUUAAAAUCAACAUAUGGAGGGACAUUAUUGGUUGCAGCAACUCAAGAUGCUGAAGGUAAAAUCUUCCCCCUAGCAUUCUGUGUAGUUGAUUCAGAGAAUGAUGAUUCUUGGGAGUGGUUCUUUGACAAGUUUAGGAAAGCUUAUGGUGUAAGAGAAGACAUGAGCAUCGUUUCUUACUGA